CUCCCGAAUCCACGAACGCUUGAGACUCAGCCGAAACUCAGCAAGGCAACCGGAACCACCACCUCUAACAAAUUCCCUGACAGUGCGGCAACAGAGCAGUACAACAUAAAAUCCACUCCCUGGUCCCAAUUUCGAACUUACUUUCUCCUUCUAUUUCCCUCCCGACGUCCAAAAACCUAACCAUUCUUUCUAUCCAACAUGAAGAAAUUCGGCUUCAAGAAGAGCGAGGGGGGGGACGAAGACUCUCUGAAGGCUUCAUUGUUCUCACGCUCUUCGAAGAACGCAUCGCCCGCUCCGGCAGCGUCAAACCCUUACGCCCAACCGCAACAGGCUGCAGAUCCGUAUGCUCAAGACAACAACAAGUAUGCGAAUAUGGGCUCGGUGGGACCUUCUGGUCCAUCACCAUACCAAGCAGCACGACAAGGCCUUCCGAGCGGACCUGGGCCUGCUCGAGGGGGACUUCCAAGUGGGCCCGGGGCCAAUCGUGGAGGAUACGGAGGAGCACCUGCUGUCGAUCGUGGCCCAGCCGCAAGUGGUGGGGGAUAUGGAGCUGAGAAGUACGGCAGCGGUGGUGGUUACGGUGCCAAUCGAUACGAUGGAGCGCCCAGCUACGGUGCGGAAUCCGGCUCCAAGUACGGUCCGGGAGGCUACGGGGGAUUGGGUCGAACAAACAGCAAUGAGACGACGACCACCGAGGACAAUCGGGAGGCUCUCUUUGGAGGCGCCAAGGACAGAUAUUCCCAGCGGGGUGCUAUACCACCAAGCAAUGGGCGCCCCGGAGGUGGUUACUCUGCUGAUUCGGGGACAUCAGGUCAAGAUAGUGGAUAUGGUGCAUAUGGGGAGGAGAGACAAUUGACCGCAGAGGAGGAAGAGGAAGAAGAUGUCGCAGCUACGAAGCAGCAGAUUCGUUUCAUGAAGCAAGAGGAUGUUUCAAGUACCCGCAAUGCUCUUCGCAUUGCAGCCCAAGCUGAGGAGACCGGCCGAGCUACUCUGGCCAGACUUGGUGCCCAGGGAGAACGGAUUCACAAUACAGAGAAGAACUUGGAUCUUGCUGCUAAUCAUAAUCGAAUCGCCGAAGAGAAGGCAAAGGAGCUUAAGACCUUGAAUAGGAGCAUGUUUGCUGUUCACGUCUCAAACCCCUUCACGGCCAGUUCUCGCCGAGCCGAACGAGAUCAAGAAAUCAUUGAGAAACAUCGACAGGAACGUGAGCAGCGUGACGCGACGCGACAAGCCGCCUUUGGGACGCAGCAGCGAAUGGAGCGCGCUUUUAGUGAACUCCAGCCGGGAGAUGUUGGAUAUCGGGCUCCGCAGACCAAAGCUAGCCUCGCAGAACGGUCCAAGUACCAGUUCGAAGCAGAUUCGGAGGACGAUGAGAUGGAAAACGAGAUUGACAGCAAUCUGGAUGCCCUGGGUCACGCUGCGGGGCGACUGAACGCACUGGCCAGGGCCACAGGCAAGGAAGUGGAUGAGCAGAACAAGCAUAUUGACAGAAUCAUUCAAAAGAGCGAUCGUGUGGACGAUCAAAUCGCCAUGAACAGGGCCAGACUGGACCGCAUCCAUUAGGACUGUUUGAGUUGGGGUUUUCAGGGUUUUGCAUCAUUGUAAAGGAGUUAGUCAUUCACAAUAGAGCGCUGGAUCUUAGGCAAGGUCUUCUUUCAAAAUGCAUCAAGUCUUCUUCCAAUUAAGCUUGCCUACCUCGCGUC